GCCGAAGGGUAUUUAUGGGCGUCAAGCCAGCGAGCACUUCACAGGCUCUCAAGGCGGUCUCGGGUCAAGAGGUCUCCUGUUCUUGAUUCCCGUAAACAUGAGGACCCCUUUACACACCUGUAUCAUAUGUUCAUGGUGUAAUAAAUACUUCCCGUUGUCCGCACUCGCAGCUCAUAGGGCGGCCUGCCUUCCAGAGGGCCUUGGGACUGGAUCGAAAGAUAUAUCUACUAGAAACAAUGAAGAGACGUCGUCGACUAGCUCUGAUCGAUCAGAUGUCGGUUUCUCUCAACCAGACCCCAGCGAUAUUGGAAGUUGUUCUCCACGGGCGGGUCUCAGCGACGAAGCCAGUCAAAAUCAAAAGGCUAUCUCCGAAGAAGGCGGGUCUGGUAGGCUCAGCCAUUGGCCCUCCUCUUCAGCGAUCGGUAGUGGACGAAAACGAAAACAAGCGAAUACAGGAACAAACGGUAAGUUUCUACGUUUUUUAUUGCGCACACGUCUGUUCUAAGGAAAAUAAAUUGUAAUUUCACUAUUUCUCUCUAAUAUUAUUUUACCUUUCUUCAGACACCUGCAGGAAAAAGCAAGCCCGUCGUGAGGGAUUCUCCCAUCCAAACAGUUCUCCACAGCCAGGGCCCAGCGGUUAUAACCCGGGACGGCCGGCAACAACACCCUCACCAACACCCGGUGAAAUAAGCCAACAUUUCAACGGGGCCUUAACAACGAUCGACGUGCCCGUCCCACCAGCAGACAACGGCGACAUUGCAUCAUAUUUCAACAACAACACUGGCCGUCUUCGCGAGGCAGUAGAGUCUGUAUUCCAAGGCUGCCAGCAGGUUAGACUUUCUUCUUUUAAAGUGUACGUUGACAUGCAUCUGCGUUUAGUCAGAGAAGACCCCGACGAUGGAGUUCAAUAUAGAGAUAUGUAUAUGAGAAGUCAUAUGCAGGUAAUUAGCUUUGACGAUAUAGAUUCAUAUGUACGUGAACUAUCCGAAUAUUUUGUUAAUCGGUUUGAACAUGACAAAUCAGACGAAGAGGGCAGUGGAUUUACGUUAGAUGAAAUAGUUAGCGUAAAAUUUUCCUUCUCUCUUAUAAUGCUGCACAAUAGUAUUGGAGAGUAUGUGCCCUAUCCUAAGGGUGUUCCAGGGAAAACACAAGUUCUCAACCCUUCGGGGCCCACGGACUGUGUUUUCCAAGUUCUAACAGCUUAUCGCUAUCUAAAGUCAAGAAAUGUAGUUCCAUCGGGCAGGCAAUGGGAGAAUGCUUGCUUGGCCUCUAUUAAUACGGGUAACAUUCCAAUCCCGGUAUCCUGGGAAGACCUCGGUCGGCUUGAAAGAUUAAACAACAUAAGUAUUCGCGUUUACUGUCUAGACAACGUUGAAGACAAAAAAGGCGAACUAACUCUAGUCAGAAAGGGGCUCAAAGAUCAAGAAGUUAUUCAUUGUCUGUUGUUGGGGAACAGACACCUAGCUCUUAUCCAAGACUUUGACGCAUACAUGAACCUGUUUACCUGCCAACGUCGCGGGAAAAAAAAUGUUUUGCGAUAUCUGCCUGUGCGCCUGUGAGAACAAGACAACGCUUGCUGAACAUGUGCUAAUUUGCCCAACGAUGAUCACAAGACUAAGAUUCCCACCCGCGGGUUCUACUGUGAAAUUUAAUAAUCAUGCUAAGGCAUAUGAGCCAUCUUAUUUAGCAUUCUAUGACUUUGAGAGUAUUCUCGUAGAGUCUUCUUCGAAUGUGUCUGGAUGUGUAAAGAGACAUCACUUUGCCAUAGCGUAUGCUUACAUUAGAGUGAAUAGAAACGGAGAAACAGUACAAAGCGGAUCCUAUUGUGGAAGUAAUGCUGUAAACCAUUUUAUUCAUACAAUGCAGUGUGCCUGGAAAAAGUUGAAAUUUUCUAAAGGCUACAAUAAAAUCAACAUGACCGAUGAAGAUACGGCGCGUCACAAUGAGCAAACUCACUGUCUUCUCUGCAAACAGGGUUUUUUAAAAGGUAAAGGAGUAAAACAUCAUGACCAUGAAAAAUCAGGAAACAAUUACAUUGGAGCUUAUUGUAAUAGAUGCAACCUCCAAAUGAAAAAUCACAAAUUGCAGCUCACUCUCAUUGCACAUAAUGCUAAUUACGACAUGUCGUUAAUCCUGCGUGAAUUAACGAUACCUGACUUGAAAAUCAAACUAAGACCAAAACGUUCAGUUCACAAAUAUCAUGAAGUCAUCAUAAAUGACUUGAGAUUUAUUGACUCGUAUGCCUUUAUGUCUGCUUCACUCGCGGCUUUAGCGAACCAAUUCAUCAGUAAUGGGAACGAACCCAUAUGCACACAACAGAUGUUGAAAGAUGUGCCAGCACCUGCGUUGCCAUUAUUGAUCAAGGGAAAGCAGGUGUUUUGUUAUGACUAUAUGGAUUCGAUGGAACGACUUUCUGAGACACGUCUUCCAUCCCGCGAAGAUUUUUUCAAUUCGCUUCAAGAAGCAGAACUUUCCGAAAGUGAUUAUAAACAUGCUCAGAAUGUUUGGAAAGUAGCUGGGUGUCAGAGCCUGAAGGACUAUUUGUUGCUUUAUGUAAAAGUGGAUGUUGGUCUUCUAUGUGAUGUCUUCCUAGAGUGGCGAGGUAUUUUGAAAACCCAGUGGAGGUUGGAUAUUGUAAAUUAUGUUAGCCUGCCAGGAUUUGCCUAUGACUCCUUUCUGCUAAAAACACAGCAGGAAUUAGAGGUGCUUAGUAGCCCAGACAUAUAUCAUUGCAUUCAAACAAAUGUGCGUGGGGGCUACACAAGUGUUGUGCGUCGUUUUGUACGCGCCAAUAACAUCUACACGAACCCUCAGUUUAAUAAAAAACAUGAUAGAAGCACUUUCCUUUCAUAUCUUGACUUCAACAGUCUUUAUCCCACUGUAAUGCAAGAGAAGUUGCCAUGUGGGGAUAUGAGAAAACUAGAUGAGACAGAAAUGCAGUCGUUUUUGAGCGGGGGCUUGGUCAAUCAAGCAACCGAUGGCGAUUUUGGAUAUCUCAUUCUGUGCGAUACUGAGGCUGUCUCACGUGAAGUCGUUGAGAAAACGGAUGACCUCCCACUGAUCAUCAGAAGACACAAUAUCACCAACAGAGAUAUAUCGUCAGUCACACGCGAAUGGUUUGAAGAAGAAAACCGUCCAGCACCGUGUAAGAACAUAAAACUGAUUGGAACACAUGCUGCUCAGGAGAAAAUGCUAUUUGCUCUGCCCCUCCUUAAACUACUUAUUCAACUAGGCCUGGUUGUUAAAAAAGUGCAUGCUAUUUAUACGUUUAAGCAAAAGCACUUUCUUGCGGACUUCAUUCAGGAUAACAUAGAAGCCCGCAAAAGUGCUACUUGCCCUAUCAAGAAAAAUGCAAUCAAGUGUAUUUCAAACAGCAUUUUUGGUCGAUUCCUGAUGAACGCGGCCAAAUAUAGUGAAGACAUAGAUAUUGUCACCAACCGCGAAAAGUUUUUGAAGCUGGCCCGAAGUCCUUACUUUAAACGCGUUGUACCUCAAAAGCUAUAUAGACACAAGUAACUUUAGCCCCUCACAUUCCUUGUACAGCACAGACAACAAAGGAAAGCUUGGAUUUCUCAAGUCUGAAGUGGGGGAAAGAACCAUCUCAGAAUUUGUAGGUGUAAAACCAAAGUGCUACUCCAUCCUCUUGGCAGACGGUGACCGGUUGAGUUCAGCUAAGGGCGUUCCAAAGUCCAUAAAGAAGAAAAUUGCUCAUCAGCGAUACAAAGACGCCCUAUUCCAGAAGCAAACAUUUACCUUUGACUAUCAGGGAUUCACAGUGCGCAAUGGACGAAUGAGUACAGUAAAAUAUCCCAAGAGAGGGAUAUCUGUAGUUGAGGACAAAAGAUACUACAUUAGCACCUUGGAGUCACGAUCUUAGGGUCAUCCCGAUAAUUCUAUAGGGGUAGAGGAGGAAGAGCAGGAGGAGGAGGUAGCCCAGAUCAUGACACUGUCAAACGAAGAAAAUUUGGAGGAAGGCGAUGAAAGAGGCAUAACAGAAGCGAGACUAGCCGAGGUAAUGGGUGGGCAAGAGAUCGGUGAAAUGGGAGAACUAGAAGAAGAAACCUAUGAAUUGUGGGGAGAACGGGAUGUGCUGGCCGAGCAAUAUUUUCCCUUGAUAAAACGGGUAGAGGCGGAUGAUGACAUGUUAAUGCAAGCCGCGGAACAGGAACAAAUAAAUCAAAUGCUCUCAUCAUCCCCCCUUGAAUAUAUGCUAGUAGAUACAGACUUUUCAGAAUAAAUUGUAGUUGUUUAUAAGAUAGGGACUGGUGUGAAUGUUGUAUAUACUGUUUAUAGUGUAAGAAUUUGCCUGCUAUUUUUAUGUUAAAUAUAAAAUAUAUGUAAAUAUAUUAUGUAUAUAGGACUAAUGUUGGAGCCUAUGAUAUUAUAAAAUUGCACAUGAUGAAUCUGGAAUCAUAAUUUGACCAAAUUCCAAUAAACAUUGAGUUUAUUUGACUUGUUUAUAUGACCUUUAUCAAAAAAAAAAAAAAAGAAACGGAUGAAAAAAACACAAUAAUUGUCUUAAAAUUUAUUCGAUUUGUGGAAACAUGAAUAAAACGCUUUUAUGUUUCGAUCCGGCUCAUGCAUAAAAGACUGCCCGCCAAAUCAGGCGGGCGGCGGCGGCGGCGGUAGCGAGAGGUGCGGCGACAGGAUGCGACAGGAUUGCUCGGGGCCCGGGACGGGGUGGGGCGGGGCGGGGCGGGGCCGGGCGGGGGCAGCACGGGGUAUUGGCGGUGACGAGUGAGGACCUGUGAGUGGAGCCAGACCUCUGAUUUAAGCAUGGUAUACAACCACCCCACCCCCGAUAAAGGAACUAGAAAAUUAUUUAUGCUUAGAAUAGCUUCAUGGAAUGUAAUACAAUUCAAUAUGAAAAAAUCAAUAAGUCAAUACUUUCUUUUUAUGAACACGUGUUAAAUGUUUGAUGACAUACGGGUAUUAUAAACUUGCUGUAAGCGAAUCGCAUCACGUGUUCAUCAUUCCUCGAAUAUUCGGUCUUGGAAAACUCCAUACAUAUUUUUUCAAGAGUUUCUCUUACACCCAAGUGCGAAACAUUGUAGGCAAAGUACA